UAACGUUGUACUGACGUAAUCAUAAUUAAAUUUCCUGACGUAACGUGUCAUAGAAACGACGUUCCGCAACAUAAGAUAUCAACACGUAACGUGAAUUAUGAACAGAUUAACAAGAAACGACUACAAAGCUCACUCAAGAAUGGACAAAAUGUGUUCAUCAAAAAGGGCAAAGUCUUUAGUUGGCACAUAUAGAGGACACUAUUCCCAAAGAAAACCGGCAAAUCGCAGAAAAGUAGCUAAUGAUAAGACAACACAGAAGAAAAGGCGAAGUAAGAGCGCUUUACCACCGCAAGGUCAGAGGAGGCCGAUGCCACAAAAACAUGGUCAAGUUGGACAGCGAAAAAGACGCGCAACCGGACAUAAUAGCUCUAGAGCUGAUAUAAGAAACCAGUCUGCAUAUGAGUUGAAGAUGUAUCUUGACGAUAAUUAUGACUACAGUCAACAUACAAACAGAAAUGACAGAAAAACUUCCAAAGUACCCGCUUCUCAAUGGAAUGAUACAAAGGUGUCAGAAGAUGUUUUAUUAAACUGCCAACCCAAGUUAAAAAGGAACAAUCGAGAAGCAGACGACAUCCAGUGCCAAUCCGCAAAGCAGCAGACGUCAGAUGACCAAACUGUGAAAUCUACCAAACAUGGUAACCUAGACAUGGGCAUUACAGAUAUCUGCCCAAAGUCACAAGCUACUAGCAGUCGGCAAAUCAAUGACAAGUUACCACAAGAUGCUUUAAGAAAUGAGUUGGCAGACAAGAAGAAAUCAAAGAAAGGAUUUUUCACCAGCGCAUUUCGCUCUAUUCUUGCUUGUUUUGGAUUUAAAAAUGACAGAAAAUGAAAUGAUCCAUUCGGAAAAUGUUAAAGAAGUAAAUCUAUUUUGUGUGAUAAGUAUAUGAUUUAUU